GAGCCAGCCCCUCUUCGCUCGGAUCGUCUCACAGCCAGCGUGAUGAUGCUAAGCUAGCUGUCAGCCAGGCAUCAUCCACGGGUUUUGCUGCCGAGUUAGUAGCCGGAUGCCCCCGGUCGUAUCCUGCUGGCCGUCUUGACAUUCCCUCCACAUUCCUGGACGAAUUCGUGUCGACUGACCAGAGUCCGCGAAUUCAGGUCCACUCCUGAUCUAACCUCUCCCCGUUCGCGUCGUUUAGCUCGCCGGCUAGCUCGGGCUCCUACUCGAAGAACCGGACUGACGGGAGCUCCCGUGAAGGACCACACCCAGACAAGAUGUCCCUCCAUCAGUUUCUGCUGGAACCCAUCACCUGCCACGCGUGGAACUGCGACAGGACACAAAUUGCAAUCAGUCCCAAUAACCAUGAAGUUCAUAUCUACAAGAAGAGUGGGAACCAGUGGGUGAAAACUCAUGAGCUGAAGGAGCACAAUGGACACAUAACAGGUAUUGACUGGGCUCCUAAAAGCGACCGCAUCGUGACAUGCGGAGCAGACCGAAAUGCCUACGUGUGGUCCCAAAAGGAGGGUGUAUGGAAGCCCACGCUGGUCAUCCUCAGGAUCAACCGGGCGGCCACCUUCGUCAAGUGGUCUCCAUUGGAGAACAAGUUCGCGGUCGGCAGCGGAGCUAGACUCAUCUCUGUCUGCUACUUCGAGUCUGAGAAUGACUGGUGGGUGAGCAAGCACAUCAAAAAGCCAAUCCGCUCCACCAUCCUCAGUCUGGACUGGCAUCCCAACAACAUCCUGCUGGCUGCCGGCUCCUGUGACUUCAAGUGCAGGGUGUUCUCAGCCUACAUUAAAGAGGUGGAGGAGAAACCAGGCCCCACACCCUGGGGCAGCAAGAUGCCAUUUGGGGCAGUGCUAGCAGAGUUUGGAGGAGCUGGUGGAGGGGGUUGGGUUCACUCAGUCUCUUUCUCCGCCUCUGGUAACCGUCUGGCCUGGGUCAGCCAUGACAGCACUGUCACUGUGGUGGACAGCUCCAAGACUGCCAGUCCCUCACAGCUGAAGACGGAGUUUCUUCCUCUGCUCAGUGUCAUUUUUAUUUCAGAGAACAGUCUAGUAGCUGCGGGUCAUGACUGCUGCCCCAUGCUGUUCCGUUGCGAUGACGGUGGAUCGCUGACAUUCGUGUCGAAGCUCGACCUCCCCAAGCAGAGCAUCCAGAGGAACAUCUCUGCCAUGGAGCGUUUCAGGAACAUGGACAAGAGAGCCACCACUGAGGACCGCAACACUGCCCUGGACACGCUGCACCAGAACAGCAUCACCCAAGUGUCUAUCUACGAGGGAGACAAAAGGGAUUGUCGCAAGUUCUGCACCACAGGCAUCGAUGGAGCGAUGACCAUUUGGGACUUUAAGAGUCUAGAAGCUUCUAUCCAGGGUCUCCGCAUCAUGUGAAGAAGUCUUGUGAAUGAACGAAGAGACGCUGCGGCCUCACUUCUCCCCUCCCGCCUCGCCUCCUCCCCUCUCCCCUCGCCCGCAACGCAGCCAGUAACAUACAUAACUGACCACCUAAUCGAGUGUCUGCUGAAGCACUGAUCAGAUCAUAACACACUCUUGUGGGUGCUCACUUUCUCUCUCUCUCUCUCACACACGCACACACACACAUACACACUAAUACACACACUACACACACUGAGCUGACGUGUGAAAUCACUGUUGAUUUAUUUUUCGUUUGUUUUUAAAUGAAGGUUAACCAGGUGUCAAAGUGGGAAGGUCCUCUGACACGUAUUAAACGUGACGUGAAAUGUGUGUUUUUAUGUUCUCUAACCUCCUGUACCAAAAGUCGAACACUAAAAGGUGUGUUUUAUCCAAAAAUCAGACUGUAUUUCACCUCAGAUGAACCUCAACAUGACCUUUGAAUACCAGUGUCCAGCAGUGGGGAGGAUGGCUCGUUUCACCCCCUGGAUGAUGGUAGAUGUUCUCCGGUUGGGGGGGAAGUCUUUGUUCAGGUUAUAACCCGAGGUCUUGGGUAUUCUGAGAACAUGCUGGGAGUUUGCAGCUGAGAGCUGUACAGGUCUGAUGGUGGAAGAGAGAAAGCAGCUGUCUAAACUGUGCGCGGAGUCGCAGCUAGCCAGCACUAGGCUCUGUAGCUACUUCACUAAAACCACACGAGACGGAGGAUUUCUAUGUAACUGAUCAUGAGGUAGACAUGAAAUAAAGAUGAAAAUACAUUUACAGUACACAA